GAGCACAUCUACAACACUCCCACGUCAUCUGACCCUCUAUCUCCACCGCAUCUUCUUAUUGCAGUCUUGAUAGACCUGUUCCCGACAGCACACGGCCCAGCCCAUACUUGCUUCCUACCUUCGCCCUACCAACUGCAGGGUAUACCACCAUUGUACCCUUCUGCCCAUACCGUGGCAACAGCUUCUCCAUCUGCCAUGGCUACCGUGGUUGCAUCUCACAACAUUGGACUCUGGCAAGACCGACGAGAACCCUCAAUGCACAUUCCUAACAUGCAUCUCAACAACAUCAUGCCUCCCUACGACACUUCGCGGAAUGUCUCGAACGCUCCUGUCUCUCGAGAAUAUCAACCCACUUCAAACCACAUGGACAUGAACAACAUGCCUCUCUACUCAGCAAACACUCUCCCUACCUCCGUCCCCUACCAAGCUGGAGCAUAUGCAUACGACGUUCCCACAUCGGUACCAGUAAACCCAUACAACAUGCAGCAAGCUUCCUACUACGCAUCGAACAUGCCACAUCCCGUGUCAUACCCUCAAUCACAUGAUAUUCAGGCGCUUCCCACUCUGCCAGAUGUCCGACAUGUGUUCAACCCAAACGUCAAGUCCGAGGGUACAUCACCGGCGCAGUCAAACCACAUGUAUGCGGAUCCGUCCUAUGGAACCGAAUUGAAGCGAUCUACUUCAGAGCCUACAGAAGGUAGCGGUGCCAACUUCGCUACUGAUGUGGACACUCUUAUGAGGGCCAUCCAGGCGAAGCAGACAAACCCGCCUCCAGAGAAUGAGCAGAAGGACGACGCAUCAAAGAAUGCCCAGAAGCCUAGGAAGCGUUAUCAGUGCACUGUGCCCAACUGCAACAAGAGCUUCUACCAGAAGACACACCUUGAGAUCCACAUACGCGCCCAUACUGGUGACAAGCCAUUUCCUUGCAAAGCACCUGGAUGUGGCCAGUCCUUCUCGCAGCUCGGUAACCUCAAGACACAUGAAAGGCGUCACACCGGAGAGCGACCAUACAGCUGCGACAUCUGUGGCAAGACAUUCGCCCAACGUGGCAACGUUCGCGCACACAAGAUUGUUCACCAACAGAUCAAGCCCUUCAGCUGCAAGCUAGACGACUGUGGCAAGCAGUUCACUCAACUAGGCAACCUCAAAUCCCACCAGAACAAGUUCCAUGCCGCUACUCUCAGGUACCUUACCACAAAGUUUGCCACUAUCAACCCAGGCGACUAUGUCUCCCAAGAGGACAAGGAACUCUGGGAGUACUUCGCAUCGCUAUACAAGAACUCCAACAAGGGUAUCAAAGGUCGAGGCAAAGACAGGCGCAUCUCCGCCAUGUCAUCAUCCGCUUCUUCAUACCCUUCUUCCUACGCCUCUAUGUCAAUGGCUCCCAUGGCCCGAGGCUACUCCACCUCUUUCCACCAGCAAAGCAGCGACCGGGAGAGCCGCUGCUCAUCGAUGUCUUCCGACACCAUCACAAUACAACGAACAGACAGCGCAUACGACUUCAAUGCACCAAUGCACAACGGGUACCACCACCCUCAAGGCAAUGGCUACGACGAUAUGGUCUUUCCUGAACGGAAGAUGUACUGAGCACUGCUCAAAGCAAAUGAGCAACACUAUAGAAGACUUCGGUUCAAUCCGUGGGAGUUCUUGGAUAUCGGCGCUUGAAUCGAGUAGGCAUCGGGGCACGGGCGAUAAGUACCCAAGCUAGCGCAGCGAAGGGUACAAUCUCUUUAUUGUUUUCUAUCAUCUUGUUCACACGGGCGUUAU